CUCCUGUCGCUUUAAACGACGAUUACAGACAGGAUCGCUCGGUUAGGGUUUUUUUCUCCUCCUCUAAGCGGCGGUCACGCCUUUCUCACACCGGGAAUUCAGCAGUGUGUGGACACGCAGGAGGGAGAAAGACGAGAACUGGAAAAGAAAGAAAAAGAGAAAAGAAAAAGGGGGAAAUAUAGCGGGUUAGCUGAGACAGAGACAUCGGUUUCACGCGCUCUUUUCAUCUGUGUUUAACAGAACACACACACACACACACACACACACACACACACACACACACACUAGGAUUAAACCCGAAGCAGGCGAGUCGGAUGUGAUUACACGAGGACGUUUGGAGGACUAUGAACCGAGGACAGUGUGAUGGGACGCAGGACGGGGAUAAGUUCUGGACGCCAUGGAAACCGUUACAGUGAUUAGCUUAUUCAGCUAACACCUUCAUCAUCAUCAUCAUCACCAUGCCGGGAGCUUGAAUGACUGGAGGUGAGGGUGGUGUUUGAUGGAAACACUGAUCUCACACACAUCUGGAUCCUUAACAGCUGCUUCCAAAGUGUGUUGAUUUUACACAUACACACACACACACACAGAGGGAGAGAGAGAGCUUGGACACGUUCUUCACACACACACACCUGGAGUGAGUGAUGCUGGCGUCUUCAUCGUGCUUUCAGCAGAAUCAUCCGUCCAGACAAUCAGACGUCACUCUGUGCCUUUAUUAACGCUCUCAUUGAUCAGAAACAACAUGGCCGAUCAAAGCAACAUCCAGUGCGCCGCUUCUAAAAGCAUCCGGCCGUUUAAGUCCAGCGAGGAGUACCUGUACGCCAUGAAGGAGGACCUGGCCGAGUGGCUGAACGGCCUGUACGAUCUGGACAUCACGGCCGACACCUUCAUGGAGAGCCUGGAGACGGGAUGCGCUCUCUGUCGUCAUAGCAACAACGUCAACCGCGCCGCACUCGAGUUCCUGUCCCAGCACCCGGACUCAACGCUCCUCGCUCCCAGACGGGAUGUCGCGUUCCAGUCGCGCAACGUGGUUCCCGGAUCGUUCUUAGCGCGCGAUAACGUGUCCAACUUCAUCGGCUGGUGCAGACACGAGCUGCGCAUCAAAGACGUGCUCAUGUUCGAGACCAACGACCUGGUGGAGCGCUGCAACGAGAAGAACUUUGUGCUCUGCCUGCUGGAGGUGGCUCGCCGAGGGGCCAAGUUCGGCAUGCCCGCCCCCAUGCUGGUGCAGCUCGAGGAGGAGAUCGAGGAGGAGAUCCGCGUCCAGGAGAACCUGCAGGAGAACGCAAACAAGCUGAGCAGCAGGACGUUUCAUCGGGAGAAGAGGAACAGCGACUCAGAACCGGAGCUGGUCAACAACUGGAAAGAGCAGAAAAGAAUCCUGUGUGACAUGCGCAACCUGGACGAGCUGGUACGGGAGAUCCUUGGCCAAUGCUCGUGUCCUGCCCAGUUCCCCAUGACCAAAAUCUCAGAGGGAAAGUACAAAGUAGGCGACUCCAGUGCACUCAUCUUCAUCCGGGUGUUAAGAGCCCACGUGAUGGUACGUGUAGGUGGAGGUUGGGACACGCUCGAGCAUUACCUCGACAAACAUGACCCCUGCCGCUGCAACGCUUACGCUCACCGCUAUCAGCAGGGUAAAGCUAGCAGUCAGGCUCCUCACAGUAAGAAUUCGAGCGCCCACUCGUCCCGCUCGGCUAGCCCCGGGCCACAUUACAAACCACCUGAACGUCGCUCUCUGGAGCCUUCAGCACCCUGCGCUCCCUCCUCUUCCUCAUCAUCCUCCCCCAGGCUCACCAGGGCCAACCUCGCAGAGGCUGAGUCCAGCAGGGGCAGGACGAACGGUACACUGCUGCCCAAACCGCCCCGAGACAGAUCAGAGCCACACCAGUUCAACCCCAUCAGGAAUAAAGACACCGUGUCACAUCUAACUCGUCGUCUCUCUGGAGAUAGUGACUCGUCUACUGCCUCCUCUAAAGGUGGCGGAGGAGGUGGAGGAGGGCGUUUGUCUUUAGGGUCUCGUCGUACUAAUGGGGAAGAGGUGGUCUUCUUAGUCAACCGGAAAGAAGGCAAGCAUGAGAUUGAGCGUGCAGCGGGUGGUGCCGGACAGAUCCCUGCUCUUCGACCUCCUCAACCACGAACUCGCAGCACUUCCAGAGAACGUCCUGCACCUUCCUCCCCAGGCAAAAUGAAACCCUGCCCGCCCCAAGGCAACGCCACACGCUUCGAGAGGGGACGAUCCUUGGGGCCAGAUGGGCCCCGAAGGCUCCAGACUUCCCGCUCACUCAGCCAGGGGAAAACUCCACAACGUGGACGAGCAAGCGAAGGCACACCUGCGUCCCCUCGACACAGAGAUGCCCAAGAUGACCCAAGAUCUAAGCAGGCACCUCCAGGUUCACCUAGGCUAAGCGGAGGCUUCUCUAAGAGACAAAUGCCCUCAUCAGCCUCUAGUUCACCAGUUAAAGGGGUCACCGGAAGUCCUAUGAAGAAGAGCACAGUGACCCCACGACCUCCUGCCCCACGCUCACCCUCUGUGGGGAAUCGGAGACUGUUGCCCCCCAUCUCGCAGCAAGGUCGGCGCUCUCCACACUCAACUCCCAGGUCUACACAGAGAUCACCCCAUCACCACCCGCCACGGUCACCUCGGGUGUCAGGAAGACCGACUCAGAGAGGAUGGGGUCACCAAAAUCAGCCAGACUCCCAGGAUGACCUGGGGAUUGGCUUCAACUUACAUUCUUUACCCGCUCUCGAUCCAAAACGUGAGCUUGAGCUGUAUCGCAGCUUUGAGGCAGAGUUUCUGGCCAACACGGGCCAGACAAGAGUGCCUGAAACAAAUGAAGCAUCAGUGCAGCUCCCUGUCUCCCACCAGGGCUUCAGGCCAUCCGGUGACACUAAUGUACCAGAUUCAGCCUACUCAUCUUCUAACUCCUCAUCCUCCUCUAUGAAUGUAGGUGGAAAAGUGGGAAUCCUGCCUUCCUUGCGUGAGACAAGGCGUUCUAACGGUGCCCGAAGCUGCGCUUUAGAGGAUCCUCCAGCUUUGUUGCACAGCCAGACCCGAAGCGGUCUUCCUAAUGGUGGCUUCCGCAAACUUCCUGCCAUCUCCAGUUCCAUGGAGGAAGGAGAUCCAGGGCUCAACUCUAACCACCUUCAGUCUGGUCUUCAGAUGAAUGGGGGUCACAAGGUUUUUUUGCACUCUGUGGUACCCAUGGAAGCCCAGGCAGAAUGGGCUGGUUUGGAAGGCGAUGUCCCUUUGAACGAUCACGGCCCAGGUCUACCCUAUGACCAGGGUCUCUCUAACGACAUCCCGCUCCCAGACACAUUCCCAUCACCUCCUCCACCCGAGGACUGCUCCUAUAAUGACUCCUCCAGUGAGAGCUCUUCCAUGUGUAUCAGCUUGAGCGAGCCAGUUUCUGAAGGCUCCUGCAGCCCCCCAUCCUCCGUGACUAAUGGAGAUACAGAUGGCACCGUGGUCCUCCGGGCAAAACGAGGGCAGAAGAAGGCAGAAAGGGUACCUUCCAUAUACAAGCUGAAAUUACGUCCACGGAUACGGCCUCGAACGGACAACCGGCCCGAGAACAGUCCUUCACGCAUCCCGACGCCACUCAGCUACAGAGAGCUACAGCAACAAACGGCUUCCGGCAAUCUGACGCCUCCACAAUCGCGCAAAAAUCUGAACCAAGCCUUUGGCGACGUCAUCCACCAACAGCGCAGAUCAGCUAGCGUGGGAUCCAGGGAGCGCUCGUUUUCACCUGAGUCCGGCCUGGAUCCGGACGCAUGGAUGUAAAGCCUACUGGAGGUUCUUGUUUGACUCGAUUCCCGACUCCUGUACUUCCCAGUUUUUCCACAAUCCUGUACACCUACAGAAGGCUAAACAUCUAAAAGCUGUGAUUCUCUAGAAAGAUGCUAAAGCACUAAAACAAGAUCUGUUAGCAUGAGCUUUCGUCAUAGCAUGUCACCGAUCUCACAGCCUGAGCCUGGACACUUUUUUUUUCUGACUACUGGUUUGCUGGGAAAAAAAAAACUAUCAAACUACCAAAGGAUGUGUUUAUUUUAGCACGUUACGUAACUUAUUUUUACUGUAUAAGAAUAUUUAUAGAUCGGCUGCGUUCCUUUUUUCCCCCUCUUCCUUGUGAAACCUUUCUGGGUAAUUUUCAGACUAUAAAUGUCAGGAAGACGAAAAUCAGGAAAUGAGAAUGGUGACGAAACGGCCGGUUACGAUGCACAGGGCUCUCUGAAGGACAGACGUCUAAUGUGUCACUAACUUGAGCGGAAAAUAGCGUCGACUCGUCUCCUGCAAGUGAGAAACUAGCGCUCAUGAUUCCCAUGACGUCCUCGUCUUUAUGAGUCUGUCUUUCAGUUGGAUUGCGUCCUCGCUCGGACAAAUGUGAUGUUUCCUUUGUCAUCGUGACUAAACCUCGAAUGGAUUUGAUCUAUUUUAUCCAUUAUUAAGACUUUCAGAUAAUUUGUGCUUGUUUUAUUUGUGGUUGCUAUAGCAACUUGCUUCCAAAAGGACAAAGUGGGUUCGGGUUUUUCUCUGUCCGUUUUGCUUUAUUUAACCUAAAGGAGGGAAAAUGUAAGGAAUUUUGGAUCCUAUUGGACCACCACGUUGAUGUGAACACUGACUGGUUGUAAUGGUGCGGAACGUAGGAAGGCUGGAACCGAGACUACGUUUGCAUUUUCUUGCACAUGGCCAUUUUUUAAAUACCGUAUUUUCUGGACUGGUGGCAACCUUUAAAUUCUAGAAAAAUCUCUAAUCGAUCUCUAUGGGUGGAUAUAUUCAGGGUUUUAUUUCUAACAUAGACUCACAAAAAACAUUCAGCACCUUCUUCCCUGUGGAAACCGUUAAAGGUUCUGUGUGGAACCCUGUGAUGCAAGGUUCUAGACGUUUCAGAGUAGAAGCCCUUUGGAAAGGGCUCUACUUUGAACUUUAAAGCCUCUAUAAGCAACUUGAGUAAAGAUCUUCUGGCACUCGAUCAUGAGUUCUAUAAAUAAAAUAAACUCUGGAUUAGAAAUAAAUAUUUUGAUGUUCAAAGUUCCAGCUUUCUAGAACAUCUUUUAAAGGGUGGAACUCUUACAUAAGUGUCAAACGUAGAACAAUCAAGAUAUUCAAAGGGAUACGAAGAUCCCUAAUGGUUCUAGAUUCAAUGUAGAUGUUUAUAGCAUGAGAGGUCUUCACAUAGAAAUACUUUUGGAAGUUUAGAACCUUCAAAUGUUGAAGGAACUUUUUAAAGACCCUCAAGAGUCGCUCAUCAUCAGUUGCAAGAAAGGUUCCUCAAGGUUCUUUUAAUUGUCUGUGGUUCUAGGUAUCGAACAGAAAACUCUCUGCUGUAAGGUAUUGUGCAGAACCUUUUAAUGUCUCCCACUAGAACCUGAAGCACUUUAGAACCAUAAGUGAAGUUAAGUCAAAAGUAACAGAGAAGUUCUAGCUAGUGAACUACAAGCAUUUAGGAUUUGAAAGAACCUCUCAGAGGUGCAAAAAACAGUCGAAUAGACAUGGUUCUACCUUAGAACCGUGAACCAAAAGGAACUUUUAGGGUGUGAUGUUUUUUGCUGAGCUUCAGUGGAAGUCUUCCUCAGGGUUUUUAGUCUUGUAGGGUUGUGUGUAGAACCUUUUAAGGUUCUCCCGCAAACCUAAGUUCCAACCCAAUAGAAGGGUGGAAUUGAAGAUGCGCUAUAGCUAGUCACAGAGAACCCUCUUUUUUAAAGAACCUGCAUGAGCUGCAACACAGAGAUGAUUCUAUUCAGAAACAGAAAAGGAACUUUGAAAAGAACACUCUUUUUUCUGAAGAGUAUAUUUAUAGUGUUGCUGACCAUCAAACUGGGGUGGGGGGGUGGGGUGGGGUUGUUUUGUCCCUUGUGUUUCUUCGGGUUCUUUAAAUAGUAUUCAGAGUCCGAGUCUCAGCUGCUCACUUGUAUAAAAAAGACUUCCAGUGGGUUCUUCAAAUGGCUAACAGCAUUAGCUUUUAAAAACCCUCUGUUGCAGGGAUGUGCGGGGAACCGUUUUUAAGGUUCUUCAACAAUUCUUUUAUGGUUCUAGGCCUUUUUUUUCUUUCUUGUUAUAAUCAGAUUGUAACUAGUUCAAGGAAACUGCAGAGUUUACCUCAGAACUUUCUGAGGAGCCCAUUUCUUUUUAAGAGCAUAGCUCAGGAAGGGAUUCUUCAAGCGUUUAAUAGUUCUAGCUUCUGUAUGAUUCUGCAUAGAAUCUUUUAGGGUUCUCUCAAGAACUUUACAGGUUCUCGAUUCAGGGUUCAGGGUCAGGCAACAUAAAAAUGUUGUGGUCUGGUCCAGAAAAUACGGUAAAUUACGAAGAAUCCGUUAUCUCGUCUGAUCACAGCUGCUUUUCCAGAAACUUCCACACACUAGGUUCUAGCUGAUCUGCACACGCGGUGGCUGUAUGUUCCGUCUGCGACAUGUACGCUGGACACACUCGCGCUUACACAAAUAUACAAAUGUCUGAAAAACAAACAAAAACGAUCUGUAUGUAAAUAUAAAGUAUUUAUGUUCUUUAAGAGGAAUAAGGUAAAUGUAAUAUAAGUGUAAAUGUUCAUUGUUGUGGGUUUGUGUCGUGAAUUUUACUGGAGUUUAAGUUUAUACGUGCAAAAUAUUCACGCUCUUAUGAUGUGGGUUUGGGUCGAUUUUUGUUUGUUUGUUUGUUGUUGUUUUUGGCCUCAGCUAUGCAAUAUUGCUGUGAGAAAUGUUGCCUUGACAUCUCGUCUUGCCUUAAAGAACGCACAUGUGUGCACUGUGUGUGUGUGUGUGUGUGAUCUUGCAACCUUCGUAAUUGUCCAACUCAAAAUCCCUACACUAUAUUUUAGCAAUUUAUGGUUCCCCGUGAGCCCCCCCCCCGAUCACGUGACUCGACGUAUUUCUGAUCAGAUAGAUGAACAGUGUUUAGAUGAACAGCAGCAUUCAGAGAGCCUCUUGAUUAACUCGUAGCUGUUUGGCGCCACCUGGUGGCCGAGUUAGUGACGGACGCAGCUAUCGCUUCUUCAGAAAAGGUUUUAGUGUUUUGGAGAAAAGACAGUGACUGAAAUGUCCAGAUGUGUGUGUGUGUUGGAAUGAAGGAAGUGUGUAUGUGAAAGUUUUGCAGUGUUUUGUUGGUAAUUGGAAUGUGUGUAAUGAUAAAAAAAAGGGCGAGACCGGUGUGUAACUGGUGUUUGGUGGUGUUGCUGCUGGAGGUUUUGGUGUUAUUAUAUUAAGUGUUUUUAGAUUUGGUUUGGCUCUUUAAUUUGGUUCUUUAAAUUAAACAUCAGGAGUCGACUCUUUAAUUUGGUUCUUUAAAUUAAACAUCAGGAGUCGACUCUUUAAUUUGGCUCUUUAAACUAAACAUCAGGAGUCGACUCUUUGAUUUGGCUCUUUAAACUAAACAUCAGGAGUCGACUCUUUGAUUUGAAUCUUUAAACUAAACAUCAGGAGUCGACUCUUUGAUUUGAAUCUUUAAACUAAACAUCAGGAGUCGACUCUUUGAUUUGAAUCUUUAAACUAAACAUCAGGAGUCGACUCUUUGAUUUGAAUCUUUAAACUAAACAUCAGGAGUCGACUCUUUGAUUUGAAUCUUUAAACUAAACAUCAGGAGUCGACUCUUUGAUUUGAAUCUUUAAACUAAACAUCAGGAGUCGACUCUUUGAUUUGAAUCUUUAAACUAAACAUCAGGAGUCGACUCUUUGAUUUGAAUUUUUAAACUAAACAUCAGGAGUCGACUCUUUGAUUUGAAUCUUUAAACUAAACAUCAGGAGUUUUUAGAUUUAUGGUUUAUUCACCUGUUCUUUUAAGCCUUAAUCAGGAACCAGUAUACUACCAAUGUAUAAUAAAAACGCUUAAACAGUGAACAGUCACAGAAUAAUUUGGUGGUCAAAAGGUCACUGAGUUGGACUGACCAUGUGGGACAUGCUUACUGGUGAUCUUCUUUAAAUGAAAGUUUAAAGAGGAGGGAAACAGACACUGUGCUGUUUGCUACAUGUCCAACUGGGAAGCCAAAAGAGUCAAAAUCACACCUUCUGGGGUUUUGUGUGUGUGUGUGUGUGUGUGUUUACAUAAUACAGACACACACUGAUUCCUGAUUGGGGCUUUAAGGAUUGUAAAGUGAUGAUGAUGAUAAUGAAAGUGAUGAUGAUGAUGAUGAUGAAAGUGAUGAUGAUAGUAAUUUGGUGGAACCUUUUAUAAGUUUUACAUAGAACCUUUCAUCAAGGUUUUGUUUAUCAGUAACCUUUUUUCUUGGACGUUAAGAACCCUUGACAUUUUCUUCUGAAUAUCUAGAACCUUUCCAGAAUCUUCCUGGUGUUUGGUGCACUCCUCAAGGGUUCUUCAGAGGUUAUUUAAGUGUUCUAUUUGUCAUGAGAUUUGUUUCUAAUUUUCAAGGUUAACGGGUUUCCCCCACAGGCACAAGGAGAGAACAUUUCCUUAUUUCUACACACACACACACACACACACACACACACUGCCCAGCUGCAUUACUCAGAACCUCUUCACUCUCGACAGUCCAGUUCAUUUUCUUGCUUUGUUGUGUUUUUUUUCUCGUACGCUUCUUUGUGAAAUCAUUUUGAGCGCAUUACACAAACCGCACAGCUUUCUUUAUUUUAAGAACCUUAACUAUUUUAUUUAAAGUGCGUUUCACGGGAUCACGUCCCAGUGCUCUCUCAGACUUCUCUACAAAGUCUGGACCUGGAGCCGAGCGUCCGAGCGCCGGUGUAUUUAUCCGUCUGUAUCCUUCUUUCUGUUGGGGGACGAAUCGUAGCGAGGACUCUGGCGUGGUGGGAUUGUGUGUGCGUUGAUUAGCAAUAUUGCAGGAGCAGAACUUUACGCUGUUAAUAAAGUUCUUCUAAUAAAGCUGAUGUUUUUUCCACAUCACACACUCCCACCUCUGACU